AUGAGGCUUCGAGCUGUUGUCCGUGGUGCAAAAUGGGUAUGGAAACAGAUUUUCAUCUUUUUAUUGAUUGCAGAUUUGCCAGGAUUGUCAAAAUCAGUUUGGUUAAUCACAGUAUCUGCGGCCUUAUGGAGUGUGUGGUUGGCUAGCAACGAGCUGGUGUUUGAUAAUAAAGCUAUUUCGCAAAAGGAUCUAUUGUUUACUGUCAAGAUGAGGACUCUUAUUUGGAUCAAAGCAAUUAAAGAAAAUGACUUGUUGUGUGAUGCUGACUGGUGGAAUAAUCCACGUGGUUGUUCAUUGGCGAAAUCCUCUCCGGUUGUGUGGUGUCCUCCAGCAGUGGGAAAUCUGAAAUUUAACGUGGAUGGAGCUUUUAAAGAUUCGGCAGCGGGCUGUGGAGGCGUUUUGAGAACCCAUAAUGGUGAUAUUGUAGCGUUGUUUUCUGGACCGGUGGACCAGAUUUGUGCGGAUUUUUCUGAAUUGGUAGCAGUUAUGGUUGCACUCUCGCUAUUUUUGGAAACGGGUUGGGGCUAUAGUUUUCGACUGUCGUUCGAAUCAGACUCCCAAGAGGUUUUGAAGUGGGUCGAAAAUAUUUCUUCGAGGCCAUGGAGAUGGUGGGACUGUUUCGAGGAGAUUGAUAAGAUUCGCAGUCAAUAUACAGAGGUGAGGUUUGAGUAUGUGCCCAGAGAAGGUAAUGGAAUGGCGGAUCAGCUGGCAAAACAAGGUAUGCAGCGUCAGAAUUUGUUUAAAGCGUGGUGGCAAAACAAAUUUUGCUUCCUCAAAUCCUUAAUGAAAUAA